AUGCAAGCUGCAAGACUCCUUUCGGUGGUCGGCGCGUUGGUCACCAGUGUCUCGGCGAUUCCUGGCCCUAGAGUCCACAACAAGCGAGGUGGCCCCAGUCUUCAGGUCCUACCACGUCAGUUGCCGGCCGAGCCUGUGGGAGUUCAGACUAUUCAAAGUCCCAACGGGGUCAACAUCACCUACAAGGAGCCCGGCAAAGAAGGUGUCUGUGAGACGACCCCUGGCGUCAACUCCUAUGCGGGUUUCAUCAACCUUGCACCAGAUGUUCACAGUUUCUUUUGGUUCUUCGAGUCCAGACAUGAUCCAGCCAAUGAUCCAAUCACGCUUUGGCUGAACGGUGGACCGGGGAAACUCGGCCCUUGCAAUAUCACGGAAGAUCUGGUGACGCAGUUGAAUCCAUACGCUUGGAACGAGGCCUCCAACAUGAUCUUCCUCAGUCAGCCUCUGGGGGUGGGCUUCUCUUACGGGUCAAAGGAACCUGGGUCUCUGGAUCCGUUAACGGGUAGCUUCCUCAACGCUUCUCAAUCCAACGGCAACAUAACAGGACGAUAUCCAGUGAUCAACGCCAGCGCCAUCGAUACGACCGAUCUUGCCGCGAUCGCCGCUUGGGAAGUUCUUCAAGCGUUCUACUCGGCUUUACCGCAAUUGGACUCGAAAGUGCAAUCCACCCAAUUCAACCUGUGGACUGAAUCAUACGGAGGUCAUUACGGUCCCGGGUUCUUCAACUACUUCUACCAGCAAAACCAGGCGAUUGCCAACGGCACCCAGCAGGGCAAAUACUUUGAAUUCGUCAACCUUGGAAUCAUCAACGGGAUCAUCGACGAAUACAUCCAAGCACCCUACUACCCGAUCUUUGCCAACAACAAUACCUACGGGAUCAAAGCCGUCCCCGACGAAGUCUAUGAAUACAUGACAUUUGCAGCUCACAUGCACGGAGGAUGUCUGGAACAAAUCGAAUUCUGCGCACAAGUCGACACCACCACCCUAUCAGGCCAAGCAGUUUGUACAGAGGCAGAAGACAUGUGUAGGGACAACGUCGAAUCCCCUUACUACUACUACAGCGGACGCGGGACCUACGACAUCCGACACCCAUCCGACGAUCCCACACCAGCAGACUAUUUCAUGGAUUAUCUCAACCUAGCAUCCACGCAGGCAGCACUGGGCGUCGACACAAACUACACCAGCACAGCCAACAAUGAAGUCUAUUAUGCCUUCCAGCAGACGGGCGACUUUGUGUAUCCCAACUUCCUCGAAGAUCUCGAACAGAUCCUCAACACCUCAUCCGUGCGCGUGACUUUGGUUUAUGGAGACGCAGAUUACAUCUGCAACUGGUUCGGGGGUGAAGCAGUAUCCUUGGCCCUGAAAUGGCCACAUGCCGCCGACUUCGCCGCUUCAGGUUACGUUCCUUUCACCGUCGACGGCGUCGAGUACGGCGAGACCCGCGAGUUCGGCAACUUCAGCUUCACUCGCAUCUAUGAGUCUGGCCACGAAGUCCCUUAUUACCAGCCCGUCGCGGCAUUGGGUUUCUUCUCGCGCGCCAUCUCGGGAUUGGACAUUGCAACAGGCAAAAAUAAAGUCGACGGUAACCAGGGUGGUACGUCUGGUCCUGCGAGCGCCACGCAUACGGAGCCGUUUGUGCCUUUGCCUAGUACUACUAGUGCCGCUGCCGCUUCGGGGUCCGCAACCGCUGCAGCCACCUCCAGUGCUUUGGGCGGUGCCGCUACGACCGCCCCCGCCGCGGCUGUGAAUAAUGUCCCGGUUAUGAGGAUCAAGAAGCGCGAGGACAGCAGCUGGUGGUGGUGA